GUCGCGCUCGCAGCUGGACCUAUUCACGCUCAAACCGUCUAACUGAUCUAGCACCGAUCGCGCUACAGAAGUGUUCUAGCCAUUUUGCAGUCCGCAUGUCUCGCCUUUCUGUUUCGUGUGCGUAUUGCGUACCAUUCGGGUCGUCACAAACGCCUGCCACAGUUUGACAGUUGGUUGUUGCAGACCAACCGAAUAAAAACAAACGAAAAGCAACCUUUGAGUGAAAGUGAACGAGUGUGGAAUAACGCGAGAGGAGUGAUAGAGACAGCAGAUUCACGUGCACGGCUGUACGUAGCAGACCCAUUUCGUCCUCACGUCUGGCCAAUUGAAAGGAAUGCCCUUUAACUGCAGUCGCGAUUGUGUAGGUAUUCGAUACCGCAUCAACUCGCUGCACCAAACCUGGAAGUGGCUGCACCAGACGAUCGCCCUGCACGAGUACCUGAUUUCGAUGAGCGCAGCUGACACGAAUAACGCCAGCCGAAAGUCGCACCAUCCACUACAACAGGGCGGCAUCAUUAGCAGCAGCAGCAUCACCGUAGCUUGUUGUUAAACUGUAGUUCCGAACCGCCCUCCACUGUGUGUAGUGUUGUGAGAAAAACAAAACAGGUGCAUCAUCAUCAUUCCCAGUUCCCAGUGGUUUAAACUUAAGGCUUAGUUCUUAGACUUUUAUAGUGUUUAAAACGAAAACUCUUCCAGCCUUGCAUUGCCUGCUUACUGUGUUCCUUUGGAAAUUGUAACGUUCAAAACACCAAUAUCACCUCAACGAAAAAAAAAAAACUCUAGUCAACAAGUGACCGUCUUUGCCCAGUAAGGAUUUGUUCACCGAACUGUUCAUCAUC